AUGAGUCGAGCAGCGCAGCGCAGCGCCGGAGUUCGCGCCGUGGCCGCACGCCCCGUAAGCCGCAGGGAUCCAGGCCGACGCCCGCCAUUCCUCGUUGGCCGUAUGUGCGGCGGCCCGGCGACGAGCAACCUCAACGGCGCGAGACUCAAGGUGGCGGCGACAGCGAGGAACUGCGCGCGUGGUCGCGCGAAGGGAGAUGGCCUCGUCAUCGUCAGCCUCCUGCCGGGAAACGCCGUAUGACCGGCGUCCACUCCUCCAUCAGGUGCCGGAAGCGCCACGCCACCAGGUUGAGGUCAGCAGCUUUUGCCUGCAGCUUGCACGCCAGGUGCUCGUGUUUAUUCCCGUCCGUUCCACUGCGUCCUAGUCCUAACAUGCUUGCUUGACCCUGCGAUGUGAGACAGAGUCACAAAGAAGUGGGCCUGUAAAAGUGUUGCACAAUCCAGUCCCGACCCGGGGCGUGGUGGAAAGUGAAAAGAAGAGAGGCGAUCAAGUAAAAUCAUGGGUCCGAUUCCUAUAGGAAAGCAAAAGAUGGAGAGGAGGGCAUCAAUUUGUUUCACAAACACGGGAGGAAUGUAGUCAUACUAAUCAAUUGCCUCCAGCACGCAAGGCACAUCAACAUCAAAAAGCAGCAUACAUCGCACCCCAUUCCAUUGGUAAGCUCUAGCCUUGAUUAGGGAAUGAUUUUCAUGCCUCACCUGUGACCCCCAGAGAAAUAGUAGAAAAUAACCGCCGACCUCGAGGGGACGAGGAAGCGAAGGCACUGCAUGCAUGAGUCUCUCAGGUGCUGUGGAAUGGUGGGAGGAGUGGCAGCUGCGCAUCCUCGUCUUGGGCAGCCUCUUCCUCCAGUGGCUCCUCCUUAUUUUGUCUGCCGUGCGUAAGCUUGCUAUCCCUUCCUGGUUCAGGUCCCUAAUAUGGCUUGCAUACCUAGGCAGCGAUGCUCUAGCCAUAUACGCCAUGGCUACCCUCUUUAGCCGCCAGAUGAAGCAGGAUCAUGGUUCUGUCCACAGCAAUAGCGUCCUGGAAGUAGUUUGGGCUCCCAUUCUCCUGAUGCACCUCGGUGGUCAGGAUGGUAUAACCGCUUACAACAUCGAAGACAACGAGCUGUGGACGAGGCACGUCCUCACUGCCAUCACCCAGAUCACUGUGGCCAUCUAUGUGUUCUGCAAAUCAUGGCCAGGCGACGACAAGAGGCUGUUGCAGGCAUCAAUCUUGCUCUUUGUCCCGGGGAUCCUCAAAUGCCUAGAGAAGCCUUGGGCGCUCAAGAGCGCUAGCUUCAAUAGCCUAGCCAGCGUAUCCGAGCCUUAUAGCCAUCUAAAGAGGAUGUCGCGUCCAUAUGCAUUUUUUGAGAUGCUCAUCGAUAAGCAACCAAUGAUGAUGCGCAAGUUGAUUGAUUUUAACUUUCCAGAGUGGGUGAGCCCAUCUGCUCUCCGUUUGAUGAUCAGAAAGAAGAUUCGCAAGGACAUUAGGCUUGAAGACUAUGUGCGACAAGCAAGGGAUUAUGUCCUGGGCAAUUGUCAUCCUCAAGCUAUAGGAAGAGACGCCACAAUUGACCUUGAGCAUAACCAUACUCCUCAAGUGCAAGGAGAAGAGGAUACAGCUGAGCCCAACCAUGUUCCUCAAGCCCGAGUAUUAAGUGAUGAAGAAAAGCGCAGAAUCCGUAAAAGGAUAUUGGGCUCUGAGGCCCGUAAGUUAUUUGUAGACCUUGCAUCAUCAUAUCGUGAUCGGCUAAAUAUCCUGGAAACUUUCCUGUUGCAUGAUGCUAAUAUGGCAUAUGAAUCAUUGCAAGAAGGGCUAUCCGAGACCUUUGGUCUUCUCUACACAAAAGCAAAGAUGGCACACAUCAGAGAAAUUACACUGGUGCAAAUUUGUUCUUCUUACGUACGGGAAGCAACUACGUACCUGUCAUUUGCAGCUAUCGGACUCUUCCACAAGAGUCACAGAGAAGCUUACAAUGUUAAUGAUGUCAAGGUUACAUAUGCCUUGUUGUGUUGUACUGCUGUGCUGGAGUUAUUUUCCCAGUUUGCAGAUAGGAUUAAGCUGACAUCUUCUGGCAUGGUUGCCCAAUAUAGCCUUGUAGGUUUCUUUGCCCGCAACAAAAGGCAUAGCAAGAAGACGCGGAUCCUUAGUUCCUUCAAGUGCAAGGACUUUCUUGACCAGCGUUGGUGCAUGAAGUCAUGCCCCUCAUCUUCCAGAAUUACAGAGUUGGUUCUUGGACAUGUGAAAGGUUGGUGGAAGGAACACAUAUUAGAUGCUGCCAGUUACAGGAGGUUCAAUGAUCACAGGGGCCAAUGGACUAUUCAGCAUACAGGAUGCUACCAAGAUCUGGCAUGGAGUGUAAACAAGCCAUUUGAUGAGAGUGUCCUUCUGUGGCACAUCGCAACAGACCUGUGCUUUUUCCAAAACGGUGUUCAAUCAGUUAGUCAGGAAAAGGCCACAGGGUGCAGAGAAAUUUCCAACUACAUGAUGUACCUAUUGUUUGUCAAUCCUGAGAUGCUAUUGCCCGGCACGAGGCGAAAUCUGUUCUUGGAAGCUAAUGCUGAACUGGAGGAGAUCCUCGAGGAUGAUAAGGCAUUACUCAAGGCCAUCCUCAAUGACGACAAGCCAUCGCUCAUGGAGAUCCUCAAGGGAAAGAAGCCAUUGCCUCAGUUCCUGAAGGGAAAAGGGCCAUCACCUGAGGAGAUUGAAAGAAGAUUUAUGGGCAGAAUAAUCGCCAAGUUGGAGUCCUUGAAAUGCAGAGAAACAGAUCCAGGAUGCAUAGAAUCGCCGACGGUUGAAAGCAGUGUCCAGCUGCACAAGAAGGUUUUAUCCAGGAUGCCUGGAAGAUUUCUAAAGUUUUGUUGGCUUUGGAUGAUAAGAAGAUGUGGGAAGUGAUUGAAGGUGUGUGGGUGGAGAUGCUCUGCUUCUCUGCCAGUAGGUGCCGAGGGUUCCUGCACGCCAAGAGUAUGGGCACCGGCAUAGAGUUACUCACUUAUAUCUGGUUCCUUUUGUCACGCAUGGGGAUGGAGACCUUGCCGGAGAGGCUGCAGAGGACGGAGCUUUCAAUUGGAGAAGGAUAUGCCGGCACCACUCCAUCGACUUCCCAGGUCAGCACCACCACUGAGAAACCAUCUUUUGAAAAAUGAUGCUUAUGGAGACCAUUUCUACUUCUACAUUUCCAUCUCAGUUGCAUAUUUGCUUACCCGUGGAAGCUUUUGUUGUUCAUUGUGAUGUGUUGUUUACCAGUGUAGUUUUGCUGGUGUUAGUGUUCUUCAUUGAUGCCAACAAGGUUGGAGAUAUGUUAUAACUAUGUGAAUAUGUGAUCUACCAGAUAUAUGGAUUCCAAUAUCCAACACGCUUCAGACGCUCGAAGCCUCAUGGAGAAGCUGCUGGCGCAUCUACCUCUCAACCCCAAGAAAUCCUACAAGCUGAUUAAUCUGAGAAAUUACUAUAUCUGUAUCGAUUAUGCAUGGAGAUAAUCUCAUGUCUGUAUUACUUGUAUGCGGUUUGGUUCCAUCUUUUCUUGAUUUGCAGCAGCUACUCCUUUGUGCGGAGCUUGAUGCACUUGUCCAGUUUGAUGCGUAGCAGUCUGUUCUUGUAUGGUUGGAACUGUCAGAUUACCCUCUUAUCCUUAUCCCCAGAGUGUUCAUGCCUGUAAUAUGGAUGCUACAUGUUGAACUCUGUAGCAUGUUUGUAAGAGUGGAUUUGGUGUGAUAGUCAUUGGAACAAUCGCUUACCCUAUUGAUGUGAUUACCUGUCUUACUGCCCAAAGUUCAGAACUGCAGUGUUUUUUUAUUUUUAGGGGAACUGCAGUGCUGUUAAUUUUUUUCUUUUUUACAAUAGUGCUGUUAUUCUUCCUCAAUAUCCACUACUGUAACUCUCUGUGAUGUACCAGAUGCAUGGGAGGAGAUGGGAAAAAGCUGCUGAAGCUGCUGGUGGUGGUGGUGUAUCGUCUACCUCUUGACCCCAAGGAAUACCAGCUGAAUAAUCCAAGUAAGGAAAUAAUCGUGUCUCUGCAUCAAAAAUCUGCCGUUUGAUUCCUUCAUUUCUUGGUUUGCAGCUGCACCUUGUGCAGAGCUUAAC